AUUUAAUACGAGGUUACAACCCUGUCAAAGGUCACGAGGAAACCUUUAAAAGCACUUCGCCCCCAACUAAUAAGGAGAGUAAGCAAUACAGUCACUGUCAUUUACAAUGUAUUCAGAUAUUAUAAUAAGUUACGAUCUAUUCUUUCUUCGAUCAUGUUCCGCUGGAUAUAUCGAGCUCGUACCCCAAUCGGAUUAUUUAUUCCAUGACAAGCUCGGGAGAUGCAGUGAGAUUGAAAGAAGAAAAUGACAAUUCCUAUCAUCAAGAAACUAGGGCCAGCUAGCUUAGGGAGUUGGCGCUUGAAGCCAGAUACACGAGAAAGGGAAUCACAGCAAUGAGGUGCCCUUUGAGUCGUCGCGACCGGAAAGCGUACUGGAUUUUUCACAAAAUGGACUUAAAGGGUCGUUUAGAAGUUGCGAUUGUUUUGUUGAUAUAAUUACUAUACAUGUAUUGUUUAGAAUGCAUCGUUUUUUUUCAAUUUUCUAAUGGAAACAAUUCAUAGAUUGUUUAUCUGAUCUGACAGAAACUAUCACUCAAAAUGAUUGAUUGUUAUAUCUCAACUUUUAACCGUGAUUGUUGAGAACCUGAGAUAGUUGAGACAUCUCUUCCCACGACACCUGGAACCACACCGUUGCAUUAAAAGGCAUUUUCGCGAAGAGCCUUCUGUAACCACAACAAAUCGGCCUUUAUAUCUCAUAAUCCCCCUAUGUUCAUUAUGUUUUCGUACGAAUAUACACUUGUAUCCUAUUGACUUAAUGUUAUCAGGAGUGCAGACUUCAGGUCCCAAACAAUUCUCGCUUUGUAAGUGAAUUCAGCUAUGCAAAUAUCACAUAUUUUCAGUCUGGGCGAGGCUCGAAUAGUUUUUAUCUUGGAGUGCAUAUCAAGGUGACCUCUCUAACGUCACCCAUUCUUGCAUUGCUUCAUAAUGAACACAUUUUAACUUCAAAAUUCUUACGAGAACUCUUCUAUGUUACUCAAAACACAUGUCAUCCAUUAAAACCGAUUUCCUACAUAUAAAUUAUGAAUCUCUUUCGUGAAGUGUUACAUCUAGCAAGUCCUCAAAACCCACUUUUGCUUCAAGAAUGGACCACUUUGGGCCAUCACCUUUUUAUAUUGAGGUCAAUUUGUUCAAACUUUGGAGCCCGGUAAAUUGGGCCAUUGGACCGACGGUCCGGUAGCCCAAAAGUUUCUCAGCCUACAAGAGUGUUUGGACGGUUGAUAGUGGUACCUUCCGUUCAAUCGUCUGUUGACCGGAAAAGCUCGCCGUCCUCUUCCUUCUCAUCUCUCCCUCGGUCGCCUUCGAUGGCGAAACCUUCCGUCUCUAAUGCCAGCGCUCCGGCCACCGGCAACUCACCUGGAAAAUCAACCGUCGCUCCGGUGAAGCUCGAAUCCGUUUCAGAAUCACCGCCGCAGUGCCAAUUGCAACUUCCGAACCCUCAUGUCAAAUCCGAGCAGGUCGAAUUGAAUGGCCUCCCGAUCGUUACAUCGCCACCGCAGCAACCCGAGCAGCGCACCAGGUCCCGGGUUUUGGAAUCAGUACAAGGAUUGUGCGAUCUGUCUUCCGCCAUUCGAGAAUUCAAGAGCAGGUUCGACGAAUUGGAGAAGCACCUCGAAUUGAUCCAAACUGCUAUCGAGAGUCGCGAGGAGCAGCCACAUGGUGACGGCGAGGCAGCGGCCGUUCCGGUGAGUUCUGAGUUACUGCAUCUCUGCGAGACGAUGUCCGGCAAAAGUCUCCGAAAGUAUAUCAUCACUCACCUGGACAACGUCCAGGAGCUUCGCGAACAGGUUCCGUCGGCUCUUAAAUCAGCGCCGCAACCGGCCAGGCUUGUGUUGGAUUGCAUUGGGAGGUUCUAUCUUCAAGGGAGCAAAGCUUACGACAAAAACUCUCCGAUGGUUCCAGGGAGAGAAGCUUGCGUUCUGGCUCUGGAAUUGUUCCUGUUGAUGGGUGAGGGCAAAGUUCAACUAGAGGAGCGCGUGAGACAAGAGGCUGCUCAGGCUGCUAUGAACUGGAGAAAGAGGCUUGUAAUUGAAGGUGGCAUUCGCCAAGCUAGUGAAAUCGACGCCAAGGGUUUGCUGCUGUUCGUUGCGGGUUACGGGAUUCCCAAACUCUUCAGGAAUGAGGACAUUUGGGAUCUGGUUCUGGCUGGUAAUGCUGGGCAGGUUGCUCUGGCUCUUCGAAAGUCCACUCUUCUGGUUUCCAGAGUUACAGAAAUCAUAGAGCAAAUGAUGAUCAGUGCGACAAAACUAAAUGCCAAACUUGAGGCUGUCGACGUGGCAUCUAGUUUCGGGAUUGAUGACAAGUUUCCUCCACAGAAGCUUCUGACUGCAUACCUUCGCGAAUCCAAAGAAGCAUUAAAGAAAAGAAGAAGAGAAGCAAAUAGUUUGCCCAUGCUGCUGAAACAAGCAAACGACCGCCACUUGUCUGCUCUGAAAUCCGUGAUGAAGUUCCUCGAGGACCGUCAUCUCGAUCCUCUGAAAGUUAUUCCCGGAUGGCAACUUACAGAGAAGAUAACCAAGUUGGAGAAAGACAAUGCUGAUCUAGACAAGAAAAUUCUGGCCAAGGCGAUGAUUAAGCGGAGAGCUGAUUUGAACGAUAACGCAAUGAUACAAGCAAUGAAACGACCACGAGCGGUUGGCCAAGGAGCCUCCUUUGGAUCCCCAAGCAUCGGCCGCUUACAUGAACAUAAGGCUGCAGCUGCCUACAUGAGCCCGUACAACAAUAACAAUACCUCAUUGAGGGUAAACUAUCCCCUCGGUGCUUACGGAGGAGAUACACACCCUUGUGCAACAUCAGCUCCUCCUCCUUACUCAUCUGCAGGUGUACCUGAAAACGUCGCAAUCCACGCUGGUGCAGCCAAUCGUCUCCAGGGCGUGUACAAUGCCCCCUCCACGAGCGCUUCUGCUGGAAACAUAGCAACUGGCCUUCGGCGGGAGGCAGUGGUUGCGAACAGCAGCAGCUUGGCGUACGGAGUACAAGGUGGGCAGAGUUAUGUUAGCGGACAUGCUACGACGUAUGGAGGACUGUUUGGGUCGUCGUCUUCGAUAGAAGGGUUUCCUGGGCUGCCGAAUUCGACACCACCAGGCGUUGUUGCUGCCGCCGCUGCCAAUCCAGCAGACUUGUAUCGUUUUGCAGAUUCCGUGGUGGAAACCGAGUACGACGGUAGGCGAGGGUGGUGCCAUAGGUAGCCAGACGAUUAACGUUGAACGUUGUAUGUUUUUACAUGCUUUGUGCUAUGUAAUGUUAAGUGCAGGCGCUUUCUGCAGGAUAGAGCCCUCAUAGUGAUAUAUUUCUUUUUCCCCAGAUCCAAUCAAUAAUGUGAUUAAGGAAAAACAUGAUUAUAACUUAUAAGCCCAUGCUGCUCAAUUUAACAGCCAUGACCUAGGAAUGUGGUAGUCCAUUCGCCACCAGGAUGCAGCCCUGAUCAGCUUCUGCCUGUCUCUUGAGUAAGGGUGUCAGUUUGGGUCGGGUUCGGUUACCCGAACCGAAACCCGAAACCAAAAACCACUAAAACCGAACCCGAAAAGGACUUGCGGGUUCCGGUUACCCGAAAUCUGAAAAUUCCUUAUCGGGUUUGGUUAAAGCAAAACCGAAACCCAAACGACUAAGAAUACGAGUUGAGUUCUAUUCAUUGGAGGUUUUUAGCCGGAACCCGAAAAACCGAUAAGCACAACCGAACCCGAAACCGAAAAUCCGAAACGAACCGAACCCGAAAAACCGAAAAUGUAUAUAAUCGGGUCGGUUUUGGGUAAACCCGAAAAACUGAACUCGAAUUGACACCCCUACUCUUGAGGCCUCAUUAUUUGUUGUCAUAAAAAUAAAAGCUUUGGUUUGCUAUUCAUUAGGAGAUUAUAACAGAUCAGCUGCAUUAAUAUAAAAGCAGUUUUUUUAACAGCUCAAUUUGUGCAUAUAUAUAUUGAUGCAUCCUGUAGCAAUCAACACAUAAAUGGUUGCAGACUGCGGCGAUCUACUCACGAAAAACCUGUUGCAACGGACAUUAUCCCGAGACAUAUCGAGUUGAGAUGUAAAUCACUUUCCAGACUAUCAUAAAUCACUUUAAAAAACCGUGGAAACUGUAAAUCGCCGACUCUAUCUCCGCGAUUUAGUUUAUUUAAUCGCUUCUGCGAUAAGCAAUGAAGUGAAAUCGCCGAUAAUUUCAUCAAUCUACAUGAAUCGCUCCUCUUCCGAGCGAUCUACUCUCUAAAGCGCCGGAUGCUAUAGGCCUAUACCAAUCUACUCCUAAUUGCCUGUGUAGUUUAGAAAUGAUUCUUGUUGUUGUAGUAUUGUGAUAUAUUUUUUUUUAGUAAUUUGGGGAAAUAUUCCAAAAUUAAAAGGACAAAACAAUAGCUCAUGCUUUCUCAACUACAUACCCGACCAAGUUGUUAAUUAAUUAAAUUAUUAUUAUAAUUACUAGAACAUUCAGAAAUAAAUAAAAUAGUAGCGUUUUUUUUUAUAUAGAAUUGAAAUAAAAUAGGAGCGUGUAAAGGGGAAAAAGUGCACGUAAAGCUUGCACUUCACCUACUGAUCCCAAGCAAGCAAAAGGAUAUAUCUUGAUUCUUGCAUGCUAACUAUACAAGUGCACAUUAUUUUUAGGGUUCCACACAACAUCAUAUCCCGCCUCCCAUGAAAAGGGAGAAAUUGUAGACACCGUGUUAAUAAACCACGUAAAUACGAAUAUUUUUUUUUACCUAUUUACAUUGUCGAUUUCCCAAUCUAUUCCAACAGUUAUAGUGAUGUUCCUCGAUCCAGCUUGUUAUCUGUAGAUGGUGGAUCACAUUACACCUAAUAAGACUUUUUUUUCCCCCAAUACUAAAUCCUUCCAUAUUAUAGUACGAAAUGAAAUGAUACUUGAGAAAAAUGAUUAGAAAUGCUAAUCCAGAUUUUGAGGCUAAGUUAGGGUUAACACUUAACAACAACAACAACAAAACAUGCAUGCAUGAUUUUAGGAGAGAUGAUCUCUCGGCUAACAAAGCUACAACUAGCCGCGGCGACAACGCCAGAACUGCUACAAUAAUGUUUCCAUUCCAAA